GGCUGUGUGUCUGCUGCUGGGCUUUAGCUCUUCCCUCCCUCCAGAAGCCAGUCUCAGCUUUGGCCACAGGGGUGUGAUUGAUGCCAGGGGCUGGUGGCCACUGGCUUGCUGGGGUCCCCGUGCAGCAGCUGUGGCCUGAGGUGUGCUGCUUAAUGAGGCCAAGAAUCUGCAAAUUUCCUUGGUGGUAAACGCUGCUGCUGCUGCUUUGGGACCGUGCUGCUGGGAAAUGUCUCUGCUUUGGGCCAUGCUCAUGGAGUCAGGUGGAACAUCUGCUAAGGUCUCGUGAAGCUGAACACACACAGAGCUUGUGUGGCCUGUCCUGGGCUGUUCAUCCAUGGCUGAUGAUGGAGUGAGGUCCCGAUGCCCCCUGCAAGCACUUGACCUUCCUCUUGUGUUGCAUGACUUACUCCGUCUACUCCAGACUGAUAGUCCAUCAGUUUAAGGUAUUUGUGCAGCAUGGAUUGAUUCUGUCUCCAUUCAGCCUGGUCUACUUGGAAGAAAAAUACUCUUGUAUCAUCUUAAAAUCAAGAGAAGAGAAAAUCUGGACACUGCCACUUACACAUAGUAGGAGUACAUGAGUGUGCAGCUUAUGCCACCAUUCAACCUUACCAGCUCGACUCCAGCAACUUUCAUCUUGGCUGGCAUCCCGGGCAUGGAGAAGUCACACAUCUGGAUCUCGAUCCCCUUCUGCUCUAUGUAUCUGGCUGCCCUGCUGGGAAACGGUGCCCUGCUCUUUGUUGUGAGCACAGAACGAAGCCUCCACCAGCCCAUGUACCUCCUCUUGUCCAUGCUGGCUGUCACUGACCUGAUGCUGUCAACCACAACUGUGCCCAAGAUGCUGGCUCUGUUCUGGUUCAGUGCGGGGGAGAUCUCCUUCGGCGCCUGCCUGACCCAGGUGUUCUUCCUGCACUUCGCUUCCUCAGCAGAGUCUAUGAUCCUGAUGGCCAUGGCCUUUGACCGGUUUGUGGCCAUCUGCUACCCCCUGAGCUACGCGGCUGUGCUGACACAGUCAGCUAUUGCCAAAACAGGGCUGGUGAUUCUGUUGAGAAGUUUUUGCAUCAUUUUCCCGUGUGUAUUCCUGCUGAAGCGGCUGCCCUUCUGCGGGCACAACGUCAUCCCGCACACCUACUGCGAGCACAUGGGCAUCGCCCGGCUGGCCUGCGCCGACAUCUCCGUCAAUAUUGUGUAUGGCCUUGCCAUGCCUGUCGCAGCAGCAGUGCUAGACGUUGUGCUCAUUGCUGUCUCCUACAUCCUAAUUCUUCAGGCAUUAUUCAGACUCCCUUCCAGAACUGCCCGCUGCAAGGCUUUCAAUACCUGUGUCUCUCAUGUUUGUGUUAUAUUUCUUUUCUAUAUUCCUGUUUUUUUCACUGUUUUAACGCACCGCUUUGGUCAGGAAAUCCCGCACCAUGUCCACAUUCUGCUGGCCAACCUGUACAUUCUCUUCCCUCCCCUGCUGAACCCCAUCGUGUAUGGGGUGCGGAUGCGACAGGUAAAAGAGAAGUUCAUGAAAGUGUUUCUCUGCUCCUCAGUUCAUUUUCUGCAAGAAUAGCAGCAAGAUGUCACUAUGAGAAAGUAAUGAAUACCUCAGUGGGACUUGAAGCCCACCCAAAUCCUCCCUCUUGGCAACCACAAAUGUCGAGCACAAGUGACAGAAAUGUCACUUGUGACAGAAAUGUCACUUGUGGGGAAUCCUCAACAAGCUGAAGGCAGGCAGCUUUUGCUGUAGUGUGGUGGUGAGAUCCUUAUCUCAGCUGUCUGCUCUGGAGUCAAGGGACAAGGUGUGUAAUAAAUUGUUCUAAUCACAA